AGCGCGUGGGAUGAGGGCCAGAAUGGCGAAAGCCGGCGGGAGGGAGCCGACGUCGAAAUCACGUGCGGCGUCCGUCCACGCGACCGUUGCGGUAGCGGCGGCGGCGGCAGCAGCUGGCGCGUAGUACGAAAGCGGCUCUCCGCGGUUUUUCUGUGCCGGGCUAGCGGAGAGAGCCGAAGGCCGCCGCGGGGAUUGAGCGUCGAGUGAACGGUCGGAGCUUGAUGCGGUGUUGUCGCCGCCGUCUUGGUUGUGGACUGGUGCCAACAGCGGCGGGAGCCGGCCGUGCCGAUGUUGCUGCGCCCGGGAAGAGGACGCAUCGCGCGCCGGGAGCGGCCGUUGCCGGAGCUGCUGUGCUUCGUCCUGGCGCUCCUUGUGGCUGCGGCGUCUCCGGCCUUGUCGUGGGAUCUGCAGGACAUCGUUGAUGACACGGAGGGGGAGGACUGGUGGAUGCCUGCGCGCCGCGAAGCCCUCGCGGCUGGUGUCUGCCCGACAGGCCAGGACCUCUGCACUCGCGGUGCCCCGGACAACGUGUGCCGAUGCGACGCCGACUGCGCGCGGUACGGCGACUGCUGCGUCGACCGUCGUCGCGGCGACUCAUCGGAACCGGCGCCUGUCGUGUCGGGUUCGCACUGGCGCUGCGUGCUCGAGAACGGGCGUGAGUUCUACGCCCUAGCCUCGUGCCCCGACGACCCCGCGGUCGACUCGGACUUGCGCGACCACUGCCUCGGCCGCGGAAAACAGCUGAAGCCGCUGCAGCACGUUCCCGUCUACAGCAACGCGUCGAGGACGAUGUACGCGAACGUGUUCUGUGCCGCCUGUCACGACGACGUGCAGGCCUUGAGACCCUGGCAGCUGGAACUUCAUUGCAACAGGGCGUGGAAUGCCGAAAAGGUGCUGCGUUUCCUCGCCGCCGGACAUUACGGCAAGAUGAGCCACGCGCUUCACGGUUCCGAGGGUCUUAGCUGCAGGCUCCAGGUUGCCGACGCGUCUUCCGAAUCCUUCUGGCACGAGUUGCCCGGUCUUCGCGGGUGCCGGCUCGCGUCUUCCACCUGUCGGAAGAGCGCCUCUAGACGUGACGUUGUCCUGUGCUCCAGCUACACCGCAUAUGUUUAUUCCCCGCGCAAGUUCUCCAACUACCGCAACUUCCACUGUUUUCGGUGCGCCGGGGGAUCGUCGGCGGGCACCGUCGAGUGCGGCGCCCGACCGGCUUCGUACGCCCACGACGCGCCGGACGUGUCGCACCUCGUGCUCGGCGUUCGGAGCCACUUUAUCAACCCGCGCAAGUGUGGUCACACGGGAACACGCAUCUACGACCCCUUGAGCGACGCUUGCUACCUGCCACCGCCCAGUGAAGUUCUCGCUGGUGACGAACCGUCGGGCGCCCCGCCGGUUGAACCUCCCACCGCCAGUGCGUUUCGAUUGUUGCUAACUGUGGUGGCGGCGGGGCUCACGGCUUUGUUGUGACAGGUGGCUCACUGUGAGAGUGGGCUCGAGCCGGUGACGGAUUUCUGAACCUCGCUGAACUCUACUUCACGGAGAUUCUCCGUUCCCGAUGGCGCACCCGUAGCUUUUGUGAUGGUCCCGCUGAGUGCGCUCAUGUAUGCGUCAGGGUAGUGGGGGCCGUGGGAUUCUUUUCAUUUGUUAGAAAGAACGUCAUUACGCUCUGACGCUGAGCCAUUAGAAUAUCCGAUGCAACAGCGGUCAACUGCCCUAAUGGGAAGAAUCAGAUUUGUCGACAGAAUGGUUUAGACUGUAUAGAAAGGCAACUUUCCUAUGCUUUAUCUAGCGCGUUUACCUGGCGUUUGUCUAGCGCAUUGUCUUUAUCUCAGCGCGUUCUAGCGUGUUGAUGCCAGUGAGUAUUCAUUGCAAACUUUGUUGUGUAGGUCUGGAGUGUUUGUCGGACGUCAGCACUCCUUCGCUCCAGUUUCUGCACGGCAUUACCUUUUAAUAACAUUAGUGCAAGAACAGCGAAGGUACAGAUGAGGUGCUUUUGCUCUAUUUGACUUCAGUAACGUCGAAAUUGCAGUUGUGCAUUGCAGCGGUCGGAUUACUGGCGUUAAUUCCUACCAGCAGCGAUGAGAAACUUGUGCUUGCACUGCAGUGUUUUGUAUCGCCCGCUCACGAAUAUCCGCUAGGUGAAAACCGAUAGUGUUGAGCAAGGAUAACGUGACAGUUUAUCAUUGCUUGAGAGUCGCGAACGGCACUUCGAAGGUGUCGCCUUGCUGUCGAACUGUCGUAAUCUCAUCACGCCGUGCGCGUAGUUUUUCACGCGACACUGACCUUUACGCGAAACGUUGGGAGCGAUAAGAGCUCUCGUCUUGCAUCUCAAGUUUCCAGCAUCAGCCGCUGAUAAGGUGUUUGCAGAAAGGUCUGGCACCUCAGGCAGCAGCGAUAUUAGCGUAAGAAUGAAAAUGACAGAGCACAUGGAGCAACGUUUUGCUUAAGUAAAAAUAAAAAAAAUAAAUUAUUGGAUUUUACGUGCCAAACCAUGAUUAGGCACGCCGUAAUUUGGGACAGAUGGGGUUUCUUCAACUUGCACCUAAACCUGCGCCAUUCGGACGACCUGGGGUUCUUAAACGUGCACUUAAAUCUAAGCACACCGGUGUUUUCGCAUUUGGACCCCGUCAAAACCCGGCCGCCAUUGCCAGGAUUCGACCCGUGACCUCGUGCUUAGGAGCCCAACGCCAAAGCCACUAAGAAACCACUGUGGGUUUGCUCAGAUUACUGUGUGUAGGGCAGAAAAUUUCGCUCCUACACCGUUUAAUGGCAUCACUGCGUUAGGUGGCUGAACAUACUCGUAUUGCUGUUGUAUGCUCUAUCACCGCUGAUUUUGUUUACGCACGAGUCUUUUACAGUUGGACGAAAUGCAUGUAGUCGAUUUGUUUUCCGCUCGAACCGGCCCACUACCCUGCUGCGGAUAUCGUGCGUCAUUCCUAAUUGGCAGUUCUGGAAGGCUAGGGAAGAGCAUGGCCGUCCUAAGUGGGACUGCUGGUCGUUUAGCUGCUGUGGGGAUUAUGCCCCACCCUUAUAUCUCAAUACAAUGCGUUCGGUAAUUUUAGCAUCACGGCAGGGAUUUCACGUAUAGUCAACACUUGUGCGGCUGACGGCGUCAACUUAUCUUACGCCAUUGACGUUGGUUUUUGCGGCACAUGUGCCAUUUACGUGCAAUGGUUCUUCUGUUUUUUUUCCCUCGUUUCUCGCUGUGCUGCUCGCGUCUUUUUGUGCAUACUAGGCGCAUCUUGUGACCUUCUGGUGUCAUUAUAUAAAUACAGACAUUUAGGAAUGUCAGGGUUGACAAAGUUGGCAGUCAACGAGUGUUCGAUAAGCGUCCACACAUUCGUUUUCUGUUCGCCUUAAAAUUUCUGUACACUGUCGCUCAGCGUUCGACAUUUUUAUUACUGCGCGUAUUGUCAUGUUUUACAAGAUUUCACGUCAUUGUAAGUUAAUUUAUUAUUGUGUCAUUACCGAACGUUUCUCUCUUUUCGGCAUUCUGCGUGCGUAUCACUCCUGUUCAAAUAAACUUUCUUGAAGUGUUGCGUUA